UAUAAAUUUAUUAGGUAUUUAGUAAUUCUAUUUUAUUACAAAAUGACAGAGUAUUGGAAAUCACAAGCGCGGAAAUAUUGUGAAUUUUGCAAGUGUUGGUUAGCAGAUAAUAAAGUUUCAAUAUCAUUCCAUGAAAAUGGCAAGCGCCACAAGGAAAGCGUUAAAAAACACAUAUCACAGAUUAGUAAGAAGAGUGCAAAAGAAUUCAAGGCAAAGGAAAAGCAAGAUGAUGACAUCAGAAAAAUGGAAGAAGCUGCCAUGAGUGCAUAUUUGAAAGAUGUUCAGAACAACGCUGAUUUGACUUCUAAGAAUAUUAAUGAUAUGCUUGGCCAGAGUGGCAAUAGCAGCCAAGAUAUUGUAGUAUCAGCUCCAGGGCCUGCAUCAGAACCUGUUUGGCAUGAAGUUAAAGGUGCAGAUGGAAACUCAUACUACUGGAACACACAAACAAAUGAAACAACCUGGGAUACACCAGAUAACUAUUUAUCAAUCACACAGCAAGAAGAGAAAAAAUUAAAAGAAAAUAAAAAGGAGAAAAAAUUACUAAAGCAAAAACAAAAAGAGGCCAUGGUCGAAGUUAAAGCGCAUAUGGCAAGAGAGAGUAUGAAAGAAUUAGCAGUUAAAAAGGAGAAACCACCUCCUGUGAGUGUACCUUUGUAUGGUCCUGAACCUAGAAGUAGUAAACCUUAUGGAAAAUGGGAAACAGUUGUUCAUGAACCAGUCGAAAAGAUAGAUUUACAAUUGCCAAAGAAGGAAGUUUUUGUACCGCCUGUUGUAGUGCAACCAGAAAUUGUGCGUUUUAAAGAAAAACGUGUUGAGUCUCUUGGUGAGGGACCUGUGAGGUUUAAGAAGAGAAAAAUCAAUAAUGCUAAACGAAACAUGAGACAAAAAGUAGUUGAUGAAUAAACAAUUAUUUGUA